AUGAAAUCUCGCGACCUCUUCCUCCUCCCCCGCGCCACUACCACCACCACCACAAUCGCAGCCGCAGACCCCCCAUUACCCCCCUGGUACCCCCUCCAGCCCUGGCGCAUCACCUCCUUCAGCGCACACAACCCGCGCUCCACCCCCUACGGAACCAACACCACCUCCAUCGCCCUCACCAUCGCAAGCCCAAGGCCCGCGCCGCACGCCUCGGGCGGCGGGUACGUCGCCUUCGACAGCAGCGUGGCGACGUGCGCGGUGCACUGGAAGCGGGACCCCGAGACGCCGCAGGGGGGAUGCCUGGUGGCGCUGUCGUUCACGCUCGCGUGCCGCAUGCGCGUCUACGGGCAGGAGGACAUGUACAAGCUGCUCGGCGGGAGCUUCACGGCGCAGGUGGGGCGGAAUAUUGAGGGCGGGUGUGCGGGGGAUGAUGGGGUUGGUUUGUAG